UCUACUUAUAGUCUGCCAACAGGAGACAGGAGGCUGUUUGAACUGAUGCAGCUUCCACUGAGGACAUCUGGACCAAACACUGUCUGCAACAUGACCAGGAAACUACAAAACCCAACUCUGGAAGAGGGCAAGAGUAGAAAGAGGGUUCUGAAACCAGUUGUGGAAAAGAAGAGAAGAGAUCGAAUAAAUCAAAGUCUGGCUGAACUGAGGAGUUUGCUGUUGAAUCACACGUCUGAUCCACGGCUGCAGAAUCCUAAAAUAGAGAAAGCAGAGAUUCUUGACUUGGCUGUGGAAUAUGUUCAGAAGUGGACAGAUGGGAGGGACCUGAGAAAGGACUCUACUACCAGUCACGUGAAGACUCAUGCUCCUGUGGUAAGCCUUCAUCACACAGAGUCCGGUGCUCCUACUCUCUUUACCAUAGAGAGUGCAGGUUUUCAGCAGUGUGUGGCCCAGCUGAGCAGCUACAUGCACAAAAUCACACCGGCACAGAGAACGAGACUGAUCGAGGGGUUGAAACACCACACAGAGAGCCAGCAGCCAAACAAUCCUCAACCAGACUUCAACAAGAGAGUGACCGACACUGAGAUGGCUAAAGGACCAGAUGGAAUAACUAUGGAUGUCAUUUGCACAUCUGAGAGGAAAGAAGAGACUCCUAAGUUUCCAUCUCACUCCCCAUUUCAGCCUCACUCCUGCUCCACACCGUUCCACGACUAUCUGUCCCCCCCUCCCUCUCCGUGGCUUUCGCCCUCUUUCUCCACUUAUGCCACCUCUCCUCCUUUCCCGUCAUUUGCCUCUCACUUCUCCUUCCCCCCCAGCCUGUCACCUCUGUCCUCCAACACCUCCUUCUUUAGUUUCUCGCCCACCGCUCCUCACUCCGGCUCUCCGGCCCUCCUCUGCCCCCCUCUCAUCACCCUGAGAUCCCCUCCACACCCUGCACCGAGGGAGGGGUCACCACCAAACUCUUCUUCCUCCAUGUGGAGACCUUGGUUUUGAUGAAGUGGAUCAGAGACAGAGACAAACUGAGAACAGCAGAGUCACCUAGUGGGAACAAGCUGCAAUCGUUGGCUGUGGAGAGGAUGAAAAACUCUCCAUGCUGGGAAUGUAUAGUGUACAUAUUA